CCAAUCUCGGUACUUCGAGCUUGCGUCUCAACGAAGCAACUAGCAAAAUCAACGGCAACAUUCACCAUGAAGUUCUUCAUUUCUCUGGCUUGCCUCCUGGCUGUACUGACGCCGACUCUCGGCAGACUGAUCGUCGGCGGGCACGAGUCCAAACCACACAGCCGACCCUACCAGGUGGCCAUCUAUAAUAGGAAAGAUAUUAAGGACCAUUAUUGCGGUGGUACCCUUGUCCACAAACGAUGGGUCGUUUCUGCCGCCCACUGCGGGAAGGGCCACCAUGGCUUCGCAGGUUUGGGACUCCACGAUAAGACCAACCACAGUGAGGCCGGCCAGCAGAUAAUUAGGGGCACAUGGCAUCUCCAUCCCGACUACAAUGGCGGCACUCUUGAUAACGACAUCUCCUUGUUCCACCUGGGUAGAGACGCCCACAUCGGCAACGGUAAGAUCGAAGCCAUUCGAAUUGCCAAGACACGGCCUCAUAAAGCGAUGAAACUGCUCGUGAGUGGAUGGGGAGCGACAGCAAGUGAUGGGUCUGCAAGGUCAGACGUUCUGAUGGAAGUGGUGGUGAGAGCACAGAGCAUGCAUCAUUGCAGAAAAGUGUACGGCUCUUCAUCGAUUACAGACAACAUGUUUUGCGCGGCCGCUUCCGGAAAAGACUUCUGCCAGGGUGACGAUGGUGGCCCAAUUGUCGGCCACUACGGGCAUGGCAUCCAUAAGAACAGCACCACCCUAGAGGGCAUUGCCAGCUGGGGUAGCGGCUGCGCUGAUCCUGCUCACCCAGGCGUUUAUGUUACCGUCGGUAACUACUGUGACUGGAUCAAGACGACUACUAAAGAUGCCGUCCAGUGUUGAAGUUAGAGAGGGUCCGACCGGUUGCCGAGGGAUGGACGCGCUACUGAUUGGUGCGACCGUGAUCUGAAGGAGCUACUAGUUCGGGGUCUCUCGGCAUCGAUCACCGUCGUUCGCAAAUAAGACUGUCAGAGUUGAAAUAAAACGUGAAAUAAAAAUGAACUAUAGUCAAGACAAUUAUGAAACAAAUAGAUGAAAUGAACGCUGAAUAAGUCCGCUUUUAAUUUACACAGUUUAAGCCUCGUUAUUUCCUCAACAUAUACUUCCAAUUUCUUCAGAAAACAACUGAUUUAAAAGGUAGUUUCAAGUCAUCGUAAUUAUACAAAGAAGCUUAAUUACAGGACCUUUCUGGUUUUUCUUCCGAUUGCUCUUAAAAAACCUGAGGUGAGACCUCUUUCUUGUCCCCAAAGUGUCUGACUUGGAUGAACCUGUGUUGUUGCUCUCAUGACUUGAUGGAUAUUACGGACCAGGACCCAAGCCUUGGUGCAUGCUAAAUUAACGUUUUGAUUUGAAUAAAUGGAAACAAACAGAAUGCAUUAACAAGA